AAUCAUUCCAAGCCCUGAAGCUGGGAUGGUCAGCUGCACCGCGGGAGGACAAGGACUCCCUGUGGCGCGAAAACCGACAGCUUCGCUGGGAGGUGCAAUCCUGGCAGGAAGAAGCGGCAGCGCGGCAGCGUGAAAACACUGAACUGCGUUUGGAGGUGAAGGUGUCGUCGGAUUGGAUGGGAGCCGUGCAGCUCUCCAACACCCGGGCGACAAAGCAUGCUGCGGAAGUUGCGGCACUUCAGCUGCGGCACUGCACUGCUGCACAGGAGUUGCAGAGCAAAGCCGAUGAACUCCUGGGCCGGGCACGAUUGGCCGAGGACAAGUGUGCGACGCUUGAGUGUCACCAGGUCCAACUCACACGGGUGGCAGAGAGGUUCUUCAAGGUCCGGAAAGCUUCCGCGCCUUUUCUUUUGUGGAGGAAGGCUGCCUUCCUUAGUGCUAGCGCACGGCAAAGAUCUUCCGACGUGAAAAGUGCGACCCACACUGCACUGGAGGUUCAACACUUGCGGCAAGGCAACCAGGUGUUACACCUUGCCUUCAAUAUGUGGCUCGCAGCUUUGGAAGCGAUGAAGUCCACGCACUUCUUCGAGGCACAGAUGCGCGAAACUUCAGCCCAGCAAACUCGGGCAGAGUCUGCUUUGGUGCAGCUUACAUCAGACACUUCAAGGAGGAGGAUUUUGACUGCCUGCAUACGGGCAUGGGCAAGGUUGCUGCGUGAGCAACUUGUCGAGAAAGUUCUACACGCUGGCAACGCGCAAAUCCAUGCUUGGCGACGUGAGUUCUUGGAGGCCAUGUUUCUUCAGAAGGAGGAGGACCAUUGCGAGAUGCUGCUGGUCUUAUGCUGGCGGGCUUGGGGCGGGGCAUCUGAUUUGGAAGCCAGGCAACAAGAAGCAGAGAGACUGAAGCUGCGAUUGCGAUCCGUGGAAAGGCGGCUGCUGAAGUCCAGAGUCGUCUCGGUUGGCGCUACUGCACAGGUGCAGCUGAAAUUCCUUCUGCGGGUGUCCUUUGUGUCGUGGUGGCAACUUCGAUAUUUGGAGAACGCCGUCAGUACGAAGGAGGAGUCGCGGCAUCUCCACAUAUCGCUGGCACAGCUCUGCUAUAGCCGAGACUUCACGGUGGAAAGAAUAGCAAAACGAGCUAUGCACUCUGUGACAUCGUUUUGCUUGGCUCUAGCAUGGACUAUUUGGAGAAGAUGCUGCAUGGAGGCAGCCCUGAUCCAGGAUUGUGAUGCAGUCAAGGCUCUCCUGGCCAAGCUGCAGGGAGAAUGGGCUCGACAGCAUGAGUUGCAGCAGCAGGAGGACUUUGCAGACAUGGAAGCGCAAGGGCGGUUGAAACAAGCUCUAGCGUUUCAUGGAUGA